UGUUGUCCGAAUCAGCUAACUAGCAUUAGCCAGGUUGAAUUAGCGAGGGUUAGCUGGCCAACGCCACAUUGUUCUUAGAAUAGUAACAAACCACUUAUAACCAAAAACACCUAAAGAAUGAGAAGAGUUACCCUGUUUGUUAACGGGACAUCUAAAAAUGGCAAGGUUGUAGCAGUGUACGGGACCUUGCCUGACUUACUGUCCGUAGCAAGCAGCAAGUUGGGAAUCCGAGCUGCUUCUGUGUACAAUGGCAAGGGGGGUCUCAUAGAUGACAUUGCACUCAUACGAGAUGACGACGUUCUGUACGUGUCAGAAGGCGAUCAAUUUGUUGAUCCUCAAAAUGAACCUGCGGUUGCUUCUGAUCAGCACGGAUCACAGACCGACUGGCUGACCCUUAAUAUUGGUGGCCGUCCCUUUACCACCACCAGGAGCACCUUGGUCAGCAAGGAGCCAGAGAGUAUGCUCGCCCACAUGUUCCGAGAGAGAGAUGUGUGGGGCAACACUCAGGACGAGCACGGGGCCUACCUCAUCGACCGCAGCCCUGAAUACUUUGAGCCUAUCCUCAACUACUUGAGACACGGUCAGCUCAUUAUCAAUGAAGGCAUAAAUAUACGAGGUGUUCUUGAGGAGGCUCGCUUCUUUGGAAUCGAGCAGCUUGCUGAACAGCUGGAAGUCGCCAUCAAGAACACACAGCCACCAGAGGACCACUCUCCCAUUUCCCGCAAGGAGUUUGUCCGUUUUCUUCUGGCAACCCCCACAAAGUCGGAGCUUCGCUGUCAGGGUCUUAAUUUCAGCGGUGCAGAUCUGUCCCGACUUGAUUUGCGCUACAUCAAUUUCAAGAUGGCUAAUCUCAGCCGCUGCAACCUGACACACGCAAACCUGUGCUGUUCCAACCUGGAACGGGCUGAUCUUUCUGGAGCGAGCUUGGACGGGGCUAACCUACAGGGGGUGAAGAUGCUCUGUUCUAAUGCCGAGGGAGCUUCUCUCAAAGGAUGCAAUUUUGAAGAUCCAUCCGGCCUGAAGGCCAACCUGGAAGGUGCUAACCUGAAAGGAGUCGACAUGGAAGGGAGCCAAAUGACCGGCAUCAACCUGCGGGUGGCCACUCUGAAAAAUGCAAAGCUGAAGAACUGCAACCUGCGGGGAGCCACUUUAGCAGGGACUGAUCUGGAGAACUGUGACCUGUCCGGCUGCGAUUUACAAGAAGCCAACCUGAGAGGUUCCAAUGUGAAAGGAGCCAUUUUUGAAGAGAUGCUGACCCCUCUGCACAUGUCACAGAGUGUCAGAUAACGCAGCACACACACACACACAACUGUGUCCAGUGUGGAGCCACAGCUGGUUUCUUUAUCGCUCUUCCCUCCAACCCCUCCUCCAGUAUUUUCUCCCUAUUCUCGCUCUCUCUCUCUCUCUCGCUACCUGUCUGCAGCACAGGUAGCUAUAUGCACAUCCCUGGCAUUCCACCUAAUAUUAUGUUAGCUUUAAAUAUCUUGCACUAGAAUUUAAUUCAGGGUUGUCUAUAUGUGUCUAUAUAUGUACGAUUUGAAUGUUUUUAAUUGUUCGGCUGUGUAUAUCACCAAAACAAUACAAUGUCCCAUGUGUUUGUAGAUGUGUCUGGAUGCAAUCCAACGACUAUACUCAUUCAAUGUUCUACUUCAUUUAUAUUCACUUCUUAAUACUUGACGUGUUUAUGGGAUGUAAAUCACAUUGUCUGUUUGCAGUCAGGUCCGGAGCGCUGAGCUUUACUGAUUGCUGCUGUAUCAGAAAUUGAAGGUGUCAACUACCAACAACUGGGUUGUAUAUAUAUAAAUAUAUAUAUAUUACAAAGGAAGCAAUGAAAGCCAAAGCCAUAAUAAUAGCACAGUCUAAAAGACCAAGAGUGCUGUUAGUGCAGCGUGAAACUAUGCAUCAGGCUAGUUUUAAACACAGCUUGGGUAUGCAAUACAUUAUUUACAGCUGUGAUGUUUCUUCUUUCCUACCCUUAAACAGUGUUUCUUAAAAAGCUUUCCCUCCCCUUGCGUUCUGUGAAUCUACCUCUUUUUUUAUCCGGCGUGCGAGUGAUCCACAGUUGCAUGUAUUAGACUGCUUAUUGUAAUGUUCAUGUAAUGCACUUGUUAAUCUUCAGUUUCCCAUUCGGGGGAAAACUUGCUGUACUUUCACGAGAUGCCAUUUUCACACGUCAAAGUGGUUUGCCUGGAAACAUCAAUCAAUUCAUGUCACUUAACCAUGCUGCAGACCUACUUGCACAAGUAUGUGUUAACUUGUAUACGUGUCAUACCGUUUCACCAAAAAUAAUUGUUUUUUUGUAAUGUUGAUGUAAAUCAAAUCCAAUGUUUCCAAAAAUGAUUAUUAUUGUUAUUACAUUAGGUCGUCAAGGGUCACUUUGCAUGUGUGGAGAGCCAAACUCCUCUAGCUGAAAGCUGCUCUGAUGCAAUCCCAGUCACCCAGUUCAGUAGUACGCACCCAGCCUGCGACAAUGGAUUACGAUGGCGAUUGUAUUGUGUAUUUCACCGUGAGUGUGAAAGUCAAUGGCAGAGCGAUGGUUAUUUAUUUUAACACAUCUCACUGAACGCGACGGUUGAUUUGUGUUCAAGACAUGGCGUUGGUCUCCCUGUCUGCGAUUAUUGCACUCGACUGUGGAAACAUAUUUCCACAAAUGACUGUUAUAAAUAAACUGCUAUAAAGUACGAAAA